UAAACAAAACAAACGAAAGAGGACGGCAGCGUGGACUCCAUUGACAUGGGUUUAUUAUUGCUCAGAUAGGAAUAAACACGAAACAAAACACGACACAAAACUUUCAUAUGGGGUUUCUAAAGAUACCGAGCAUAAGGGGAGAACAGCCUAACAAGAAGCACUGAGUUUUCCACAAGAAGGAGGACUCUUUUUGCCAGUGAACCUGUGGACUUUUCUACGUUUGACUGACAUAAUCUAAAACAUACAGGGAGACGAGGUGGAAGAAGAAUUCACUCUAAGGAACAGUGUUCGGUGCUUGGCAAUGCCUCAGCCCGUCAUUAGUGGAAUGGAUCCUCCCUUUGGGGAUUUCUUUCAAAAUUAUACUUUUGCUGACCAGGCGCUGACCAGUACCGACCUGUUGGCGAGCAGCACCAACCCAGACUUCAUGUACGAACUGGACAGAGACAUGACUUACCGUCAAAGCCCCAGGGGGGACCACUUCACGGACUGCAAGGAGAUGAUGGAGUGCGGGGAGCACCUCAUGGAGCUGGUGGACAGCGACCCGGCCUACAGCUCCAACUUCGAGCAGUGGGACACUUACUGGGAGGACCUGACCAAGUGCACCCGUUUCACCAGCUGUGACGUCUGGGGCACCAAAGAGGUGGGCCUGGACGACUUCUCCAGCCCCUACCAGGACGAGGAGGUGAUCGGCCUGACGCCCACGCUGGCCCAGCUCAACAGCGAGGACUCUCAGCCCCCGGUGUGCGACACCCUCUACCACCCGGAUCUGCUGGUGGGCGGCCAGAAGCCACACACCUCCCUCCCGCCGCUGUCGCUGGCUAAGAAGAUGGCCGUCCGGCCUGGCCCCUCCGCCUCCUGCUUCAGCCAUGGCAGAAACCCCCUGGGGGACUUCGCGGAGGGUUCCCAGAAGGCCACCUGGCCCGUUCCCUCCAGCACAGAGACCAUGUCCAAGGCCCCGGUGUCCGGCAAGAUGGCGGCCCCAGGCUACCACUGUAGCGACUAUGUGCGCAAGGCCAAGGUUCGCGUUAGCAUGCCCUACCGGCCCCUCGCGGACACGCCCGUGACCUCCCGCCUGGUCGAGGCCAAAUACCCGUUUGCCUACGGCAGCAGGCCCUCCGAGGUGGCCACCACGUCCGCCCCCGUCGCGUCUCCCUCCACUGCCGCCUCCGCCUCGGCCGGCACCGCGGCCUGUGAGAAGAGGGUGGAGCUGCCCCGACGGGAGAUGCCGCCCGCCUCUGUGGGCACGCCUGGGGCCAUGCCUCCCGUCCUCCAAUACCCUGUGGCCGGGGCCAGCGACACCCUGCCGUCGGCCUGCGGGAGCGCCUUGGGGGCCGACCCCGCCUCAGACAAGAAGAAAGAGGAGGAGCACAACUACUCCCUGUUCCUGACCCGAGCCCGAUUGGCCGGGAAGGUUCCAGCUGAGACGAAGGAGGAAAAGGCGGAAGAGGAGGAGGAGGAAGAGGAGGAGGAGGAAGAAGAAGAAGAGGAAGAAGAGGUGGGCGAUGGGGUGGAUGAGGAAGAUGCUGAAGGGGCGGAGCUGGAUGAGGACCUGGAUGAAGAUCAUGACGAGGGUUUCGGCAGUGAGCAUGAGCUGUCUGAAAACGACGACGAGGAAGAUGAGGAUGAUGAUUAUGAGGGCGAUAAAGACGACGACAUGAGCGACGCUUUCUCUGAGCCAGGGAGCCAUAUAUCAGGAUGUGACAACGACACAGUGGAGGACGUGAAGGGGUUGACGGCUGGGGUCAUCAGGAAGAGGGGCAAGCGCCGCUACUUCUGGGAGUACAGCGAGCAGCUGACCCCGUCCAAGCAGGAGCGCCUGCUCCGGCCCUCCGAGUGGGACCGGGAAACCCUGCCCAGCAACAUGUACCAGAGAAACGGCCCGCACCACGGGAAGUACACCCUGAAGAAGUCCCGGCGGACGGAUGUGGAGGACUUGACCCCUAACCCUCGGAAGCUACUGCAGAUCGGGAAUGAGUUGCGAAAGCUGAACAAGGUGAUCAGUGACCUGACCCCGGUCAGCGAGCUGCCCAUCACGGCCCGUCCACGGUCUCGUAAGGAGAAGAACAAACUGGCCUCCAGGGCCUGUCGACUGAAGAAGAAGGCUCAGUAUGAAGCCAACAAAGUGAAGCUUUGGGGUCUGGGGACAGAAUACGAUCGGCUUCUGUUUGUCAUCAACGCCAUUAAGGAGGAGAUAGUGAACAGAGUGCAGGAUAUAUGUGAUGACACCGGAACCAGCAUGACUGAAACUCUGGACAAACUAAUUCAAGAGACCCUUGUAAAGUCACCAGUUGCCGGGCAGACGUCUGACUUUGUGAACCAGAUCCUGGAGAACACUGGCAAGGGGGAUCCCACCGGAGGCCUGGUCGGGCUGCGAGUGCCCACGUCCAGGGUGUAGGCUGGGCGCCGUGCACGGCCUGGUGAUGGCACGCUCUCUGGAACGCCGCCCGCACUCUCCUUGUCCCACACUCUACCGGCACACCCUCUGCAUGUCCAUUCCAUUCCCGGAAACGCGUCCCGACGUUCCCCCUGUGGGAAGACAUGCAUACCCGGCUCCCGACGGAUGUAUGUAUUCACACUGUGCGUGUGCACGGGAACGAAACCAGUAGCUAUCUCUGCACUUAGUAGUCUGUUACUACCAUGCCAUGUGUGCACGGGGCUGGUGGGUCCCCGCGGACCGCCCCGUUUCCAAUUCAAAGCCAAUAUAUGAAAAGAGAGAGAGGAAAAAAAAAAAAACUCCUGAAAUGUUAUGUUGAAAAAUCAAGCAAAACAGAAUGAUUAUCAGUUUCUUGCUGUAGCCAUUUCCUGUAGCGUUCAAACGACCCGUUUCAUGCCUGCGUAACAGAGUGGGAAAGUGGACUCGGGAGGCGGUUCUGUUUGGCCCGGGACCGACGGAUGACGGGCGAUUAUUUGAGGCACGUCGAAAAAGCUAAACGUCCAGUUGUGAAUCGGCGGCCGUGUUAGGACGUCACGGAACCGUCGCUUCCUGGGCGACAAACAGCCAUUGGGGUGUUUCGGAGAGUCUGCCAUUCUGGGGCUGUUCGGAGCAUGCUACGCCUGUUGCUACCACUGGUCUGCUUUCCCAUUCUAGUACCAACGGUAUUCACAUAGGCCACUGUGGGAUUAACGUAUCCCAACGCCAACCAAGUCAUGAGACGACACAACCACACAAGCCCCCCCCCCCCCCCCCCGAAAUACUAUUAAUGUUAUGAAAACAGACUGCUUAGACAGAACGAUGCUCGAACAAAAUAGUACACGUUGGAGAGGAUCAGGAUUUUUAGGUUGAGUGGGCAGGGAGGUUGCAUUGCGAUUUGGCCUGAUUGUUCUGUUCCAUUGUCCUGUGUUUUUGCAGUGAAGAUACUUUCAAAGGACUUGAGCAGAAGGCCGCUAUAUUCCCAUCCUUUGCAUGGAAAGAUUCGUAGUCAUCUGAUUCAUAAGCUAGGUGAUGUGAAGAAUACAAUCAGUUUCUUCUGGCGAUGUGGACACUUAAGUGGAAGUGUCUCUAAAUGGAAACGACAUUAGCGUCUUGCAGAAUAGGCAUGAUAGGGCUAAAAGUUGGAAGUUGCGUUCAAAGUUUGGUGUGUUAAUAUUUGUAUUUAAUAAGAGUACUAUUCAUUGUGCCUUGUAUCUAAAGUAAGACAAUUACAAAAACUCCCAGACGUUGAAAGAUAGCGGACCAUUUUACAUUGAGGGAGGGCACAACAUGGUGCUGGGAAGGUCAAGGGUGUGGGUUUGUAAUGUAUUUCUGCUCUUUAAAGAUAUUCUGAAUGUACAUAAGAACAUGGAACAUGUAGAUGUAUGCCACAGAGUCUGUGCAUCGUAUUAUGGGAUGGCUCUAGCAAAUUGACUUUGGUUAUCGGUACUUUUACUUCGGGGGGCAAGGGGAUGGGAGGGUUAAAAAUAAUAUUCGUAGAGAAUUUCCAAAAUAUUUUGCACAUUAUAUUAUGAUUGCUUUUUGUACCAAAGACACAUGCAACGAAAACGGCGAUAAGCCAGAAAAAGUAAGGUUUUGCACAGCUUACCUGACACCGAAUUGAAUGUAGGAAAUGUGAUAGGGUCAGGGAUUUUCAUUGAACUGUGAAAUUUGCUUGGGUCCAAUUAUGUACUGAAAGAAGCAUUCAUUAACUUUUUUCUAAAUGGCUUUUGUCCUUGUCAUCCGUUGGUUUCUUAAGUAGAUUAGUUGCUUUGGAAACAUUUGAUAGAUUCCUGAAGUUCAUACUCCUUACUCUUCUAUUGUGUUAGAGAAGAGAGAUGGAGAGAAUUUGGAUAGUAUGCUUUUAUUUAGCCUGUUUGUCAAAACAUCACCAGUAACCAAACGGUAUAUCACUAGUUUAAUUUAUGUAGGUUAGACAGCUAGCUACAUGUGACAUUAAGUGAAUUAUGUUGUGUAUUAAUAGUACUGUCCAUUCAUGCAUGCAUACAUACAUUUAUAUCUGUUGUGAAUUGCCACUUUUUCAAAUUGAUAUGUUAGGAAGCAUGACACAUUUCUAAGGUCUUUUCUCACGUUAAGAGAAACCUUUGAGGAAAAAAAAGUAUGAUAAAAAUUAUGGAAAAAAAAUAUUUUUGUACUAUUUGCCUUUAACCUUUUCUGUUGGUGCGCAAAGUGGUCUAUUUGAGAGAUAUUCAAAGUUGAGAAUUUCUGGAUGGUGUCUCUGCAAAAGAUAGGGAAGUGUUUCUUUGUGAUCUUUGUGAAGAGGCUCUAGUUAUUCGUUUUUUUUUUUAAGUAAGGGAUUGAAUAUCAUAGAUAUCAUUCUAGUUUAUAUUGGUCCUCAGCCUCACUUCCUGAACACAACACUGCUUUGUUGAACUGAGUGGGGAAGAUUUUAUAGAAACCGAAUGGAUGGUGUUUCUGAAAUGAGUACUUCUCUUAACCUUUAGUUCAACCACAGCAUAGAAAAUAAAAAUAGAGAAGAGCAGGUUGUAGAGGGAGAAUGAUCUUAACUCAGGCAUCUCUCUGUUGUUGCAAAUUCGCAAUGUUGAUAUUUUCAAAAAGUAGGUUUGCUUACUCCAGUUUGGAUUUAAUCAAACCGGUUGCAAAACUUAACCACAGGAAAGCAACAUUGUCUCUAUGCUGAGAAAGGGUAUAUGUUUUAAUUUUAAAUAGAAUGUGUUUGUUUUCCUCUCCACUGAGCAUUUCCUUAUUUCAGUCCUAAAUAUAUCUAAACAUGCCCUUUGGCCUCUGGAAGAACAGUGUUAUUGUUCUGAAAGCAGGUUUCCUGUGACUGAUUUACUCCAUCUAUUCUUAUUUGAAUAUUAAAAAAGGGAGAAAUGUAAAGUUUCUCUGAAACUAGAAUGAUAUGUUUAUGAUAUCUUCUGCAUACUUUGUUAGUGUAGUCAAGAUUCUCCAUGUUAUUACCGUCCAUGGUUUGUUUUUGUAGUGUUUCAUUUUGUAAAUGGAUUAAGCUGAAAUGUAUCUUCUAAAUGUUAUAUUUGUAUAGUAUAUUAUAUAUUACAUGUAUGAGAAAGAAAGCACUUUGUUUAAAAAAACAAAAAAAAGGAAAAAACAAAAAAAAAGAAAAGCAUUUUUCCUUCCAUUUGCUGCUAAACCGACCUCGUUUGAAUGCUGCAGUGAGUGCUUCACUUCUGUAAUCUGACCAGGACAGUGGGUUGGGGAGGUCUUCGAGGGCAAUCAACUUUUGGUUAUAAUGCCCCCUACGUUCUCAAUGACUCGUGUCAUUAUUUCAUUUGCCUUCAGUAGAGAUUUCCUAUGGAAAGACAAAUUCUGCUUUGGGUUUUUCUUCAGGUUGAUGUACAGUGUAGACACUUCUGGGCAUUUGUGCCAGAGCGUUAUAUCCUUAUCAUUUUUUAACUAAUUUGUACUUGUACCUAUGGGGAAGGGGGGGGGUGAUUGAGGUCCUCCAAAAGGCCCAAAUCCUUUUAGGGGUGCCUCGGAAGGAGAACUAUAUCCAUGUACUGUAUAGCAGCAAGUCAUUUUCAGUGGAGAUUUAAUCCGGGAUACUUUUUGCCUUUUCAAACACCCAUCCAUUCUCUUAAGACGGCCGGCAGUGGGUUCGGUUGCACAGUGGCAUCACUGUGGCAACAGCUCUCGGCCAAAAUUUGUACUGUCUGCAAAGGUCUUCAACCUGGUGAUAUGCUCAAAUCAACAGUGGGAUCAUUGAUGGCAAGUGAGGUUGAGCUAGGGGAGUUAGUGUGAUGUAAGGCACUAGUGGAACAUCUCUAGAUAUUGUUAUCUAGAUAGUGUUGCGAGGCUGAUUCCAGGAUCAGGGGUGUGUCCACGCAGGUUUUCACAUUUAACAUGAUGGGCGCAAGCUGUGCAACUUUACAUUCUAACCAGGAGACUCUGUGGCAUUUUAACAGUCAAGGUAAUUGUUGUCAUUCAAAGCCAGUAACUAUUCCUUCUGCUUUAUUGACAUCAGACCUAUAAACAGAUGUUAAGCUAAUAGAUUGUGUUAUGUUCUUCUCUUGUCUGAUAAUUGAACCCAUUAUGGUCUUUCGAAUCAGGGUAACUACCAUUCUUCUAUUAGAAAUAUAUGUAAUGAAAUAGUAAAUCAAAGAAAAAUAUAUUUAUGUAUUCCAAUAUAUUGUUGCGAUUAUUUCUGCAGUUCAAUAACGUGUGCGUUAAUGGAGAAUCAAUGUAAAACUAAAUGGUGCGAUGCUCUCCACAGUAUAAAAAUAGACAAAGGCCAAUGGACUUGCAAGUAGAGGUUUUUUCCUAGAUUAGAUUUUCUUUAUAAUCUAACAUAUUUAAACAUACAAACUUUUUUUAAUUAUUAUUAUUCUAAAGGGAAAUCAUUUAUCGCUUUCUAGUUCUGAUUCAACCUGGGUUUUCCUGUGCUGCUUUUAUGGUUUGUUGUCCACAAAUUCUAUUUACUGAGAAGAUAAUUUGAUACAUUACAUUCACGUUUCAAUUCCUAUUCCUUUUCUUCUUUCAAACACAUUGGAGUCACUUUUAUUCUGUAGGCUUAGACCGGCUUCUGCUAAGGAUUUAGACGUCUUGUAGCAGCAUUGCCAAACACAGUUGGAUCACAAUGAGAAAGUUUUCCACUCUCGAUUUAUUCCAAUUCUCCCAAAUGGCUACAGUAGACUCUAGAGAGAAGGAGGCAAGUGUGUUUG